GAUCUGUCCAGGCUGAACAUCUUUCUUUAUCUCUCUUGCUUCCAAGAAGGCACAGAAAAACAAACUGUUUCAAAGAGUCUCCCAUUCUAGUGCUUCCUUAGCAUAAAACGGAAAAAAACCAUUUGGUGGGGCUUAAAUAAUACCCAACUUCUUGUUGAUGGAACUACAGUUUUGGGAACAAAUCUUUGACACCACAAAGAUACCACAGCCUGCUAGGCAACAGCAGCCAGGGACAGGAAUGAGAAUGUAUCCAUUUAAAGUUUUGGCAACUGAAACUAUAUCUGGAAAGGCAUUAGCGGCAGAUAUACACAAUGCAAUUCCUACUGAAAAGGUGGAUGGAACCUGCUGUUACGUAACGACCUAUAAAGGGCAACCCUAUCUAUGGGCCAGACUGGAUCGAAGACCCAGCAAACAAGGCGAAAAAAAGUUUAGACAAUUCUUGCAUUCCUUGAAAGAUUGCAAAGAAUUUGCAUGGAAUAUUGAAGAGGAUUUCAAGCCUGUUCCAGAUACCUGGAUUCCAGCAAAGGACUUAGAGUUCUCUAAUGGCAAUCCAUUGCCCGAUGAAAAUGGACAUAUGCCAGGUUGGGUGCCUGUGGAGAAAAAUAGUAAGCAGUAUUGCUGGCACUCAUCUGUUAUAAAUUAUGAGGCUGAAAUAGCACUGGUAUUGAAACGCCAUGCUGACCCAGGGCUUCUGGAAAUCAGUCCAGUGCCGUUAUCGGAACUUCUAGAACAAACAUUGGAGCUUAUUGGGACCAAUAUUAAUGCAAAUCCAUAUGGAUUAGGAAGCAAGAAGCACCCUGUACAUCUUCUGGUACCACAUGGAGCAUUUGAAAUAAAGAAUCCACCUACUUUGAAGCAAAAUGACAUACUGUCUUGGUUUGAAAGCUGCAGUGAGGGUAAAGUUGAAGGAAUUGUGUGGCACUGCCAUGAUGGGUGUUUAAUCAAGCUCCAUCGCCAUCAUCUUGAUUUACCCUGGCCGCUUGCAGAGACAUACCUGAAUUCUCAGCCUGUUGUAAUUUCUUUUAAUAGAACUAAAUAUGAAUGUGACUUUGAACCAAAGAGUUUGUUUCACCAUUUCUCAAACUUGGAUGGUCAAAGAUUUGACAGACUCAAAGAUAUCAAGUUUGAUGCUUAAAAUGAUUUUCUGCUUCUGAGUUAA